AUGCACUCAUCGAUCAUCGAUCUCAUCGGCAACACGCCCUUGGUGCAGCUCAGGCGCGUAUCGGAGGAAACCGGCUGCACGAUCCUCGGCAAGGCCGAGUUUCUCAACCCGGGCCAAUCGGUCAAGGACCGGGCGGCGCUGGCCAUCAUCCGGGAUGCCGAGCGCAGGGGCACGCUGAAACCAGGCGGCGUGAUCGUCGAGGGAACGGCGGGCAACACCGGCAUCGGGCUGACCAUGGUGGCGCAGGCGCUGGGAUACCGGACCGUGAUCGUGAUCCCCGAAACCCAGAGCCAGGAGAAGAAGGAUGCGCUGCGGCUGGGCGGCGCCGAACUGGUCGAAGUGCCGGCGGUCCCCUACCGGAACCCGAACAAUUAUGUGCGGGUUUCGGGCCGCCUCGCCGAGCAACUCGCCAAAACCGAGCCGAACGGGGCGAUCUGGGCCAACCAGUUCGACAACGCGGUCAACCGGCAGGCGCAUGUGGAAACGACGGCACCGGAAAUCUGGCGCGACACGGACGGCAAGGUGGACGGAUUCAUCUGCGCGGCCGGUUCCGGCGGCACGAUCGCCGGUGUCGCCGAGGGGCUGCGCGCCAAGAAUGCGGACAUCAAGAUCGGCCUCGCCGACCCGCAUGGCGCGGCGCUCUUUUCCUAUUACACGACCGGGGAGUUCAAGUCCGAAGGCAGCUCGAUCUCCGAAGGCAUCGGCCAGGGACGGAUCACGGCCAAUCUGGAAGGCUUUGCCCCGGACUUUGCAUGGCGCAUUUCCGAUGCCGAGGCGCUCGACCUGGUCUUCAAGCUGGCGCUGGAGGAAGGCAUGAUCAUGGGCGGCUCGACCGGCAUCAACAUUGCCGGCGCGGUGCGGCUGGCACGGGAACUGGGCCCUGGCCACACCAUCGUGACGAUCCUGUGCGACUAUGGCCACCGCUACCAGUCCAAGGUCUACAACCCCGCCUUCCUGCGCCAAAAGGGCCUGCCGGUGACGCCUGACGUGCCAUCGGUGACCGAAGCGCUGUUCCGCGACGAUGCCUAUCUGACCGGGGCCGAAGCGACGGUUCUGGACGUCAACGAUCGCGGCGGGAUCGUGCUCGACCGGACGGUCUUCUACGCCACAUCGGGCGGGCAGCCGGGCGACAGCGGAACGCUCAGCCGGGCCGACGGCAGCACCAUCACGAUCGCAACCACCGUGACCGGCGAGACCAAGGACGAGAUCGUCCAUGUGCCGGCUGAAGGUUCGGCACUGCCGGAAGCCGGCGAAACCGUGGCGCUGGCCAUCGACUGGGAGCGCCGGCACAAUCUCAUGCGCAUGCACACGGCCUGCCAUCUGCUGACGGUCGCCUGCCCGUUUCCGAUCACCGGCGCCGCGGUCGGCGAAACCGAAAGCCGCGUCGAUUUCGACAUGGCCGAAACGAUCGACAAGGCGGAGGUGACCACCGCGCUGAUGGCCAUGGUGGAGGCCGAUCAUCCGGUCUAUGCGCAAUGGAUCGAUGAGGCGGCGCUCGAUGCCAAUCCGGGCCUUGUCAAAUCGAAGAAUGUGCGUCCGCCAACGGGCACCGGCCGCAUCCGGCUGGUGUGCAUCGGCGACGAUGCAAGCAUCGACAGCCAGCCAUGCGGCGGCACCCAUGUGAAGAUGACCGGCGAAAUCGGGCCGAUCCAUAUCGGCAAGAUCGAGAAGAAGGGUCGCGAGAACCGGCGCUUCCGGAUAAGGUUCGGCGCACCGCCGCAAGCCUGA